AUGGCCUGCUGCUUGGGGCCUGUGCUGCUGCUGCUGCUGCUACUGCUUCUGGAGCAGAGGGCGCUGAAGCCACAGCAAGAAUCACCAAGGCCCCCGAAAGAGGUGGCCAGUGCCAGGGAGCAGCACUGCUUCCAGCCUGAGGCGGGGGACACCCCCCUCCACACACACAGCAAGAUGGGUGCAGGGCCAGGGUCGCCGAGCUCCGCCGGACGGAACCGAUGCGUGGACGCAGCCGAGGCGUGCACGGCUGACGCGCGGUGCCAGUGGCUGCGCACGGAGUUCGUGGCUCGGUGUCUGGAUCGGGCCGGGCCCGGGGGCUGCCCCCGCGCCCGCUGCCGCCGCGCUCUGCGCCGUUUCUUCGCCCGCGGGCCGCCCGCGCUCACCCAAGCGCUGCUCUUCUGCCCGUGCGCGGGCCCCGCGUGCGCCGAGCGCCGGCGCCAGACCUUCGUGCCCGCCUGCGCCUUCUCCGGGCCCGGCCCCGCCCCGCCCUCCUGCCUCGUGCCCUUAGACGCCUGCGAGCACAGCCGGGUCUGCAGGCCCCGCCUCCUGACCUUCCAGGCCUCCUGCUCGCCCGCCCCCAGCGCCCCAGACGGCUGCUUGCCGGACCAGGCUCCCCGCUGUCUGCGCGCCUACGCAGGCCUCGUGGGCACCGCCGUCACCCCCAACUACGUGGACAACGCGAGCGCGCGUGUGGCACCCUGGUGCGACUGCGGAGCCAGCGGAAACCGGCGUGAGGAGUGUGAAGCCUUCCGGGGGCUCUUUACGAGGAACCGGUGCCUGGAUGGCGCUAUACAGGCCUUUGACAGCUGGUGGCCCCCAAUCCUGCAGGACCAGUUGGACUCCCUCCAGGACCCUGGACACAGCCUCCUACAGGUGUCCUCGGCAGACAGGCCCCUGGAGGGGAGCUCCCUGCUCUCCAUGCUCCCUGUCCUGGCUCUCCAGCCCCUGCUGUGACUAGGACAGCAGACCUCGGACAACACAGCCAACUGUCCCACGCUGCCUGGAGUACUGGGCCAUGUCUGUGGCCUACUGCUCCACUGAAAGGGGACUGCUCUCUCCCCGUUCCCCUUUGCAGGUCUGGACACCCUAUGUACCUGUACCUUGGAGCAGGGGCUGUAGGCUGAGGGCCUGACUGCAAAGCCCAAGGUUUCCCUUUCAGAGGUUUCUUGGUUGUAGUUCCCUUUCUCCAGAGACCUUGGAACUGUUGGGGUCUCCCAGAGGGUAGGCAUGGGCAGGGGUCAUCUGUGUAGCUGAGGCCUCACCAGGGCCCUACAUCAACUAGAGAAGGUCAGACACCAUCCAAACUCCCAGAAUUCUGGGAAAUUUUAUCAGCCCUCUAAGCAGAUCAUGCUCUAAGGAGUGCAUCUGUACACUUGCAGGCAAAACUCCCCCUAAUACUGCAGACUUUCGUGGCACCCUCCCAGUUCGGCACCACCCAUCAUGAUUAACCUCCGCCACCUCCGCCCCAUGAUUAACGUUGGCAGAUGCUUCCUGUCCAGGAUAUGCUGCUUGGUGGGCACCACCAGGAGUGAGAAUCCAGUCCCCUACAUUGCACUGGCCACAUGGCUGUCUUCCCCAUGGUUUCACGCAGCACUAGGAAUGGCAUCGACAGCUCAAUAAAUCCACAUGCACUGAGACUGACCUUGUUUUCAUGUGAUCUAUGUUUUGGGAGCCUGGAGACCAGGGAUGGCCACAGGGUGUGCCUCUGCUGGCCUGUGUGACCUCAGAUGACCUCAGGACCUCGCUGGGCUCCGUCUCCUCACCUGCAGAUGCCAAACUGAAACAACUAUCAGGUCUUAGU